AUGAUUGAAAGCGCUUGCGCAGAAAAUACAACAGCCGUAAAAGAGCAUAUACACCCGGAAAUCACCAACGACGAUGGAGACAUCGCUCGUUCCGAAGCGACAUUCCGGUACACCGUCCAAAACUUGAGCCAGCUGAAGGAGCAAGUGCUAUCGCCACCCUGCUACGUGCGCUGCCUUCCUUGGAAGAUCCUGGUGCUCGUCCGCAACACUAGCACACCAGAAAGGCAGCAACAGAAGGCAUUGGGCAUCUUCUUGCAGUGCAAUGGUGAUUGCGACUCACCCGGCUGGUCUUGCUAUGGUUUGGGAGAGCUUAAAUUACUCUCGUACAAGCCGGACGGCGAACAUCUGUGUAGGAAGCUUCAUCAUAUGUACCAUUGCAAAGAGGAUGAUUGGGGCUUCGCUCACUUUAUUUCUUGGAAGGACCUAAUGGACCCGGAUAACGGAUUUGUGAAAGACGAUGCGAUCACUAUAGAGGCUCACGUGAUCGCCGAGGCUCCACACGGGGUGUCUUGGGAUUCUAAAAAGCACACUGGAUUUGUUGGUCUCAAAAAUCAGGGCGCCACCUGCUACAUGAACUCACUGCUACAAACUUUAUUCUUCACGAACGUGCUACGGAAGGCCGUAUACAAAAUCCCAACUGUGGGCGACGAUAGCUCGAGAUCCGUGGCAUUUGCACUGCAACGCGUUUUCUACGAUCUCCAAUUCUCCGACAAACCUGUCGCAACCAAGAAACUAACUAAAAGUUUCGGUUGGGAGACUUUGGACUCAUUUAUGCAGCAUGACGUUCAGGAAUUUCUACGGGUACUUCUAGACAAGCUUGAGAACAAAAUGAAGGGAACUGCUGUUGAAGGCACCAUACCGAAGUUAUUCGAAGGCAAAAUGACUUCAUUCAUCAAGUGCAAGAAUGUAAAUUGCACGAGCACUCGCGUGGAAACCUUCUAUGAUAUUCAGCUUAGCGUUAAGGGAAAAAAUGACAUAUACGAAUCGUUCAAAGACUACAUAAGCAUAGAGCUGCUAGACGGCGACAACAAGUACGACGCGGGCGAGCACGGACUCCAGGAGGCUGAGAAGGGCGUUAUGUUCGACGUGUUCCCGCCCGUGCUGCAUCUGCACCUCAUGAGGUUCCAGUACGAUCCGCAGAGCGACACAUCUAUCAAGUUUAAUGACAGGUUCGAAUUCUAUGAAACGGUGAACCUAGACCCAUACUUACAAGACAUCCCCUCCAGCCCUGCCCACUAUACCCUCCAUGCGGUGUUGGUCCACUCGGGGGACAACCACGGGGGUCACUAUGUUGUCUUUAUCAACCCUAAGGGCGAUGGAAAGUGGUGUAAAUUCGACGACGAUGUAGUGUCCCGCUGCAGCAAGCAAGAGGCGAUAGAAUACAACUUUGGAGGGAAAGAGGAUGCGCCUUACCUCGCGCGGAGGGCGACUAGCGCGUACAUGCUCAUUUACAUCCAGACAUCCCAACUCAAGUACGUGUUACAGGACGUAACCGAAACCGACAUGCCCACAGAUCUCUGCGAACGAAUCAACGAAGAGAUGCGUUACGAGAUGGUAAGGACAAGCGGCAGAAAAAUAAGAUGCAGAAAGUUUAGGUCUGACACGUCCGUCUGCUCCGCGAAGUACUAUACGAAGAUAUUCAGCGCUCUAAAACAUUUCUUCACUUUACAGGCCAUUGCCGGCUCUAAAUAUAAAGGAAGAUAACCGAUACGAAGCUUUGUUUUUGAUAUACAGUUUAGCUAGCC